AUGGACGAGGUGCACGGGAGCGACCAAACGCGCGCGCGAGGUGCACGGGAGCGAGCGAGAUGGAAGGGAAAAAGGGAAUGUAGAGAGAGAGAGAGAGAGAGAGAGAGAGAGAGAGAGAGAGAGAGAGAGAGAGAGAGAGAGAGAGAGAGAGAGAGAGAGAGAGAGAGAGAGAGAGAGAGAGAGAGAGAGAGAGAGAGAGAGAGAGAGAGAGAAAAUGCUUCCGGUAGUCACGCUCUGACAAAAAAAAAAAAGAAACUUAAGUACGAACAGAAUACGGAAAAUAUCAAGAAACUUAAGUAG